GACCAUUGUUUGAUAGUGGAAACAAAGCAGUGUUUUCUCCGCGGACCUCAGACCUCUGUUUCUGUCUAUGGGAACACUGGGCAGACAGAGCCCUGCGACUUACCUAUACCUACAAGAAGAUCAAGCGGUGCGAGUUAGUGAGGAGGCGCUGGACGAUAUCCUCAAAAUCUUCCAUCAAAGUGACAGCAGUCUGAUUCGACGAAGUAUUCCGAAUUGUGCCCAAAAUGAGCUCGUCUACUCCCCAUUCGGAGUACAAGGAAGUUGUUAACUUCAAGCAUUCGAGUUGGUACAAUAAUAAUUUUGAGCAUAUUAGAUGCUUGGGCAGUGGUGGGUUCGGACACGUGUUUGAAGCAAAGCACAAUCUCGAUGGAAAUCUAUACGCGGUGAAGAGGGUCACGUUACCGGAACAGGCGGAGGAAAGGAGAUGCGUGUUACGCGAGGUGGCCGCACUGUCGCUUCUAGAUCACAAGAACAUCGUGCGAUACUUCAACUCGUGGUCCGAAGAGUCACAGCCGAAAUCGCUGAACUGCAUCGGCAAUUGCGGUCUAUCAUCAGGAACCAGCGCGGGUCACAUGACUACAGACGGGAGUACCGACCAUCCCACCAACUGCAAUGACACUCGUUGCAAAAAUUUACUGGAGGACGACGAUUCCUUGAUAGCAUGCCAGGAGCCGUCUAACAAAAAACUUGACAAAGAUCUUAACUGUACGAAGAUUAAAAUGGGUACUAAGAAGAAAAAGAAGUCGGUGCCUGAAAAUCUCGUCACUUUUCUCUACAUCCAAAUGGAGCUCUGCAAGCCCGAGAGCCUCUUUGACUGGCUGCAGAAAAACGAUAAGUUGGAGACGAGAGAUAUCAAGGUGGUGAGGAAUCUGUUCAGUCAAAUAGUGUCGGCCGUGGUGUACAUUCACAACAACGAGCUGAUACAUCGCGAUCUCAAGCCGCAGAAUAUUCUGUUCUCUGUUUUUGAUGGACGCGUAAAGGUGGGGGAUUUCGGCCUGGUCACCACCAUGGGGGAUAGCGGCUCCGAUGGGCCGGAAACUUCAAAACAUCGCCGGCAUACUAAGGGAGUUGGUACCACGCUGUACAGUUCGCCAGAACAGCGUCGUGGCGGUCACUGUGACUACGAUUAUAAAGUGGACAUCUAUGCGAUGGGCCUGAACCUCUUCGAGCUGUUCUAUCCGAUCGGCUCCAACCAUGAACGCGUCAAAACCUUUGACGAAGUCCGUAAAGGCAUCUAUCCAAAAAAGUUCCAAGAAACUCACCCUAAUGAGAUGGACGUAGUCAAACGGAUGCUAUUCAAGAAUCCAUUGCUGCGUCCGACAGCCGCUGAACUGCGGGCCCUAUCGCCGCUGUACGAACACUUGAACGAAAGGGAACAACGCGAUUCGCAUCGACAGAUACCAUCAAUCAACAAGAAAUCUUCACACAACACCGGACUUGCAUGUAAAGUGACGGAGAUCUUUCAAAUGUUACGGAACCAUAAGGAUAUCUGUGAUAAUAUGUGCACCGUGAUGGCGACAUGCCCUGAGAAACUUGUACAACAUUUAAUUAACAAAAAGUCUGUUGACUGUGUAGAUAAGUCAUAUUUGUUAGAUUUAAAAACAUUCGCUAUAACACUUCAUUUUUAUAGUCCGGAGACGUACGAAUCAAUCCGAAGGAAUUUUUUUUUGUGUUUACCUCAUCCCAGUGUGAUAUCGAUGUGGUAUCAGCAACCACGGGGCUGGCCCGGCAUCACACUGAGUUCAAUAGAAAUAAUGACACUGACCAAUCAUACAGCGGCAGACUUAUUGGGGAUCCUCCACGUGUAUGAAGUCAAAAUUCGAGAAGAUGUUGAGUGUAGGAUUCCGAUGGAUCAAACUGCCACCGCCUAUUAUGGUUAUGCUGACGUAGGCAAUCAUUUGCAUGGAGAUCAAAUCGAUUUAGCAAAUGAAGCCUUAAUAAUUAUAGCUGUCACCAUGAGGUCUGAUAGGAAAUUCCCCAUUGGACAAUUCUUUGGAAGAAAUUUUACACCUUCACAAAAAGCUAGUCUCAUUAAGCUCUGCAUAGAUAGUUUGUCUGCAUCAAAGUUUCGAGUAAUAACCGUUACGUUGAAUGGAAACAUGUCCAGUUUAAAUUUAGCGAGCGCCCUGGGCGCAAAUUUUGAUGCAGCGCCAUUUAAACCUUAUUUCAUGCACAACGACACCAAAUACUAUUUGAUGAUUGACCCCAAACGUCUGUGGAAAUUAAUGAAAGAACUGUUUGUCCAGAAGCGGCGUCUGUAUCACAAUGAAGAAUUGAUCGAGUACAGCUUCGUGGAGGAACUCCAUAACAAUAGAAAUGAGCUGCAGAUUACGGAUAGAAUAGUGUCUAGUCUUUGGAACCAAUCGGUAGCUCAAGGGAUAGAGCGUAUGCAAAGAGAAGUCAUGUUUCCUAGUUUAGGUGACUCCACCGCUACAGUAACUUUCAUAAAGAAUAUUAAUAAGGUGGUUGGUAUUUAUGGCUUCAGGAGUAGUAUUUCUCGGAAGAAUCACAAAUAUGUCCAAAACCAGAUAAAGGAGGUGUACGAAUAUAUACAAGGUCUUAAGAAUUGCAACGACGAUUUAGUCAUCAACUUUUCCAACAAGUUCGUCUUCAAUACGAUGUUAUGUAACUUGCUUGUACUGCUAUGUUUGUGCACAGACUAUAUAAAAUCUGGAACCUUAAAAUGUCUCCCGAUGCGUAAAUUAGUUUUGCAAAAUUUUAGUUUAUUUUUUAACAAUGCUAAUUUUACGGCGAAAGGUUUGUCUACUAUUUAUGACCAUUUAGUAGAGCAGGCCCUACAUGGUUUGCCUAAGUAG